UUCAGACCUACAGUAGCGUUGUUGGUCUGUCAACAACCUAUAAAAUUGCUAAAGGAUUGCUACAAGUGAUGAUAGAGAAACAAAGUGUUAUAAUAAUACCAGAAAAGUGUGUGCAGGUGACUUUUAUCAUUGAAAAUGGCUUCAUUCGAGACGUUAAGACGUGAUUACAAUAUUCAUCUACAGCAAUAUUUCAAGUCAUCAAAUAUAUUGGGUUUCCAGAAAAAGUGUUUGGAAAUAAAUACUAAUGUUUCAAACCGGAAAGCAGUUAUCGAUCAAGCUCUUCGUGAUACACUGCUUGUUGUUUUGCUGGAGAAUUCAGCAGGAAAUGUACAGAUAUUAGAAUCAUAUAUAACGUUCUGCAUUGAGCUAUGUCGCAAAGAUUUGGCGACGGCUAGUAUGCCCGUUAUGCUGCUUGGAGAUAUAUUCGACUGUAUGACUUUAGACAGAUGCGAAGAACUUUUCACUUUUGUUGAGAACAAUGUUGUUGUAUGGAAAGAGGAAAUAUUCUUCAGUGCGUGUAAAAACAAUUUGCUCAGAAUGUGCAAUGACUUACUCAGGCGACUAUCACGAUCCCAGCAGACUGUUUUCUGUGGCAGGAUUCUCUUAUUUCUUGCUAAAUUUUUUCCAUUCUCUGAGAGGUCCGGGUUGAACAUUGUUAGUGAAUUUAAUCUUGAUAAUCACACGGAAUUUGGUAAUGAGAAAUCUGAGAAAGAUUUGUUAGAUCAAAUUGUUGAAGACUCUGAUAAAACAGAAAACAAGAUCCCUAUUGAUUACAAUUUGUACAGAAAGUUCUGGGCUCUUCAAGAUUUUUUUAGAAAUCCUAAUCAGUGUUAUAACAAGAUGUACUGGAAGGUUUUUUCUGCGCAUACGUCGCACGUCUUGUCUGCAUUUACAUCGUUUAAAUUGGAGGAACAGCGUAGCUGCCCAACAAGACGAAUUACUGUCGAUGCACCGAUGGAAGAAAGCCAAAAAGAGACCCACUACUUUGCUAAAUACCUAACAAACCAAAAGUUAUUGGAAUUACAAUUGUCUGAUUCAAAUUUUAGGCGUUACGUACUUUUACAGUUCUUAAUACUCUUCCAAUACCUCAACAGUACUGUAAGAUUCAAAGCAGAAAGCCACGAACUAAAACCAGAUCAAGUUGAGUGGGUGAAAGCGACAACCGAUCAAGUGUAUUCGUUGUUGGCUGAAACUCCCCCAAAUGGAUCAAAUUUUGCGGAAACAGUAAGAAAUAUUCUUAAAAGAGAAGAGCACUGGAAUGCGUGGAAAAAUUAUGGCUGCCCACCGUUUAAAAGACCUGCACCUGAAACAAACGGUGAGGGCGAUGAGCCUAAAAAGCCAAGAAAGCAGCUUGGUGACAUCAUUAAAGAUGCUCAAGCCCAGGGCAAAUAUUACAUGGGAAACCCGGAGUUGACAAAGCUGUGGAAUCUAUGCCCAAAUAAUCUUGAGGCUUGUAAAUCGAAAGAUCGGGAUUUCCUCCCUUCCUUAGAAACCUAUUUCGAAGAAGCUAUCGAACAAUUAGAUCCUGCUGCAAUGGUUGAAGAUCAGUACAAAAAAGUCAACGAUGGAAGCUUUGGCUGGAGGGCUUUGCGGUUACUCGCAAGACGUAGCCCGCACUUUUUUGUCCAUGGAAAUUAUCCGAUUAAUAAAUUACCAGAAUAUUUAGAAGCGAUGAUAAAAAAAAUCGCGAAAGAUCGACCGUCCGAUUUGAAAAUAGAGCCCGAGGAAACACCCCCGGAUGUGAACGAGCAGGAAUUCAAUGAUGACGUUCUCAAACAGGAAACCGAACAAGUUGAGGCGGAUUCAACGCCCACGAAAUUUAGAAAAUUUAAUAAAGUUACAGCUGAUAUAGUCGCCAAAUUAUCCGAAAUAUUAAAGGGUGACUGGAAAGAUCUUGCCGCAAAAUUCGGAUACCACGCGCACGAGAUCGAUUUUUUCUCUAGCAAACCCACCCAGUACGAACAGUGUAAAAGUAUGUUAGAAAUUUGGGCGGAGGAAGACGAAGACGCAUCGAUUGAAAAUUUAGCUUACAUUUUGGAUGGCUUGGGUUUUGCGGAAGCUGUAGCUGUGCUGAAAAGCUAAUCAACUUUACUUAUAUUUUUUUGUGUGAUCUUAACUGUCUUCAAGCUAUCAAAAAAUCGAUAGAUUGAACGAUGCCUAUUUUGAUGUUUUCAAUGUUCUGUUCGAAUACCGAGGAAUAAAAAAUGAAGGAAGGUCCCGAA